AUGUCGCUGACUAUUUCUGUGGCAUUUACGAUCUUGACUUAUGAUCCACCUUCAACUCCCAUUUCAUACAUAGGCUUGAAUAGAAGAUUACCUGAUCCACAAGUUCAAUAUCAACCUUCGCAUAGAUCCACGCCGCCAAAAGAGUCUAAAAGCUCUGGCGGAGAGAGACCUGAUAAAACGCCAUCCGCACGAGCUAAAGUAUUACCUUGGGUGCAAGGGAUCGAUGUAGAAGAAGAAACUAUACCAGAUGGGAUGUUUGGACCUUAUCCUUCAAGACCACAAUCGAUGGCGGAGAACCCAAACCCCAAUCUCCAAUCUCGUCACCCUUUUGCAUACUCUAAUGUCCCAACUCUCCCAUUCGCAGCUAUUGGUGCCGGUCAUCGCAGUUUCGAAGAUCAACGAACGGAACAUGAACCUAUUAGAUCUCAGCGACCCGAUAGUGAGGUUUUGAGUAGAGGUGCAGGAAUGAGAGCUAUGGCAAAACCAGCUCAAGCUACUCCAGGUGGUGAUGUCACUCCCGGUGGAAGCAGUAUCGGGAUGGGGACUUUUGGUCUGGAAGGUCAAAGUGCCUUGGGGCCUGCUGGAAUACCUCUACCCAAAUCUAAAUAUACUAAUAUCACUGGCUCACCCAAGAAGACACAAUACAUCACUCGAAAAGCUCCACCUACAGCCGCCCUUCCACCUGAUCCACCACAGACCAAGCCUGACUCUGAUGAACAGCAAGAUAGACACCCUCAUCACGAGCACAAACCUCAUCAUGAUUAUCCAUUCUCUCACGCCGAGGCUCAAGCAAAGCAGUUGCAAGCGAUGGAAGAGGCUCGAGCAGCAGCAUUAGCUCAGCUAGAAGCUGCGCAGAGAGACUCAGCAAUCGAAAUGGAGCAAGAAAUGCUUGCUGCCUUCGAGUCUCACAUGGCAGGAGAAAAGGGUCCAAGACAGACAUAUGAUACGAUGGAUAGUGGACCUUCAUUCGGUCAUUUACUUCAUCAAAGCGGUAUGCCACUGUCAGCAAGACCAUCAGCUCAAUUUUCUGCCAACACUUUCAACAACCCUGACUUCUUUCCUAUUCCGUUUGGCGUUCCGAUGGGAAUGUCUAUCCCUAGACCUUUAUUGGUUAUGAGAGAUAGUGCUGGUGCGGGUUUAGGUCUGGGCUUAGGUUCCGACUUGUUAGAUAUAUUAGGUCAUGAGGGAGGGGACAGACAUAGAGGUCCUGAUGCUAAGAGUGCUUUUGUUGAAACCGUCGUGGAUGAGGAAGAUUUUGGAAUACCAAGUGACGCCCGAACUGCAUCACCAGCUAAAACUUCCACCCCUCAUGUUCGCUCGAGUCAUCCCGGUGAACAAGCUGCUGCUCGAACAGAAUCAGGCUUACUUGAGGAACAGCCUCGAUCGAUUGCGCAAACGCGAGUACCACGAUCAACUCGAGCCCCCACGGAACAUAUAAAAGCUCCUCCUGUAGCAAGUAAAGCACCUUCUGUAUCUCCGUCGCAAGCACGCAGUAAAGCUCCUACAAAAGCACGAACCAAAGCUCCAACAGUCAUGUCAGAAGCCUUUCCUUGCGCUCCAUCUGAUCAACUCAAGACUCCUCUGGCCAAAUCCACUGCUGGCCGCUCACAAGCUCCGAAUGCAAUCGCUCAACAGACAGUGUUUGAAUAUCCUGAUCAUCAAACCAUUUAUUCACAAGUUCGAACAAAGAAUACUCCUACCAUUAUACCAAGCUCAAUGCAUCAAGAAGAGAAAGAGCAAUAUGAGCCAUCGAUCGUACCUUCUAAUCACGAAUCUGUAGCUCCAACUACAGUUAGUAAUGUGAAGCAGCUUGUUGCGGAGAGCAGAUUCCAUGAUGAGACUCUGUGCCAGUUGCUGGAUGCGGCGCGGUUGAAUCUGAUCGGAGACGAAGCGAAGAAAGCUCUACAAAGAGCAGCCAGGGCUAGAGUCAUAGAACUGAGAGAUCUCAGAGAAAGAGGCGAGAUCGAAGAAGGACUUGUGAACAUCACUAUCAAUGAAGAGCCUAAAUCCAAUCAGUCCACCCCAAGAAAGGAUAAAAGAGCAAAAAGCAAAGAAAGAUCAAGAAAGAAAAGUUCAUCAGAGAAAACCGAGACGGUAGUCCCGACAGCAACACAAGAGGCGCCUGCGUGGGCGAGAGAUAUAAUGGGACGACUUGCCGCUAUCGAUGCUCGUUUCCAAGCUCUCGAAGCAGAGGAAUAUGGCGGCGAUCAUAUGGGUCGGCCUUCAACCCACCUUUCUCAGGUCACUCAAGAUAUCCCAGGGAACUUGAUCGACGAAUUGAUGUUCCACGAAAUGCCAUCCUCCGGUUUCACACAUGGUAUCAAAAUGCCACAAGGCUUAACUCAGUCGAUCCUCUUCCCUCAACAUACCUCAAUGCCAUCAAUGCCUGGUCAAGCUAGUGCCAAAGCCGCCACGCACUAUACGCACCAACCGCUUCCGACCUAUCCUGCUGGUCAAUCAGGUUAUGCCGGUCACCCAGAUUAUGCCCCAGCUCCAGUAUAUGUCGGAGCUCGUUCAGCUUACACCCAGCAAGCACCCACAGUUGCCGAUUCUCACCGAACGUAUCGGCCACCCACACAAGUACGCAGCGGUGCCACCGUACCAAUCGACGGGAAUGGUAACCCUGCAGAAAUACCAACUUGGGGAUCCGAUGUCGAAAUACCUCAAGCGAGCGAUAAUAUCGCUCCUCCCCAAGCACCGACGAUCAAUAUUCUAGCACCUACUGAAUCUGGUCUAGGUGCGAAUGGUCGGCCAAGUACUAGAGCGCCUUCACCUUCUGUACGAUCCAGAGGUCUUUCGAGAGCAGGUACACAGCAGCCUGGACCAGAUCAUGUCGAUGUUACGGUGAUCACGGAACAAGCCUUACCUGAAGCCGCUGUGCCCAAUCCGCUGGAAAGGGAUUUACCUGCUCCCCCCUCGGAGAGCAUCAGAUCCCAUCGACCUACACCUCCAUCAAAAUCUAUUCCCCUUGAUCUAAAUACAACUCAUACAGCUAGAACACCUGCAGCUGGAACAAUGCCUCUUUAUCAAAACAGUCGGAUGGGCACAAACGCAGAUCAAACAUUCCCUGCACAAUCAGGUUAUAUAGGUAGUCCAGAUCAAUAUCCACCUACUCUAUGUAGACCAGUUCCCUCAAGUCAAGUGGCCCCAACAAAACCUGCGACAACCACAAUAAAAUCUCCUACAAAUCAUCAAAUGAGCGAUAUUCAGAUGAAUGCUCACAAUGUAUACAUGUCGUCUCCCAAGGUUGCUACUCCGCCCAGAAGAGACAUGAUUCACAUCAUUGAUCCCCUACACCCACCAAUGGGAGGAUGGAAACCUUGGGACAUGCUCACUCAAAGACUAUAUUCCUGGGCGUUGAUAGCUGAAGAAAAGAGUUUCGUAAGAGCUUUAGAGGAAGUCAGCCUGGGCAGACAGGUUGAAGAAUUUCCCUUGAGUAUAUUUCUGAUGAUGACUUAUAAAAGAUUAAUCCGGAGAAAUCUGAGCGAGAACCCACCUGUCCCAUGUGAUAAGCUGUUCGUGCCCCCAAAUAUUGCCAGUGCUAUCAACAUAGCUGUACAUGCGAGGAGAUACCAUGAUGCCAAAGAGAUACUUCUGGAGCUAUGGGAUUCAAUGGGCAACGAUGAACCGCCUAGGGUGAUAGUUGCUCUUGCACCAUUAGGGAACGAUCCUGAUCAAUGGGCAGCUCAUCGAUAUGAUCUGAUCACCAGACAUCUGACAACCUACAGGGUAUCUCAUUUAGAUGAAAUUCAGACUGAUGGACGCUCUUUCUGGUGGUGGGAGGCGAUUGGACAAGCAUGGCCAUCACUUCAGAUCCCAGAUAUGGAGACUCUGGAACAGAGCGGUAGACAGAGAAUAACAAACGAACGUCGACCGGCCGAACAUCGUCAUGAUAAUUCGCUGUACGCAGCUAAUAUCAGUAGAAAUCUACUUUUAGGAUACAGGCCGGAAAGACAACAGGAUUUGACUAAAUUAAGAGAACUAGUGUGGGCUGAGGUCAAGCGUCUCCUUGGGAAGAAGAGACAUGGUAAAUUAGUAGUGGAACCUGAAUCUCCUGAACAUCUAUAUGAUGCCUAG